AUGGCUCACAUCACGACUGAUACUCCAUACGUGCUCCGCGUUCUUCACCACGUCUUCAACCACGUCAAUCAAUACGAAGCCCGUCCGCCACCAGUCAGAGACUUCCAAGAUGAGCUUUCAUUGUUGAUCGGAGCUGUACGACUGAUUUUCUGCACCCCUGGGAUCGACGUCACGACUGGCGAUUUGGCGGAGUCUCUGGACCGCUGUGCUUCCAUUCUCCAGUCUGUUAGCACAGCCCUUUCCAGUUUCGCUACUGAACAGACGUACGGCUUGCUACCCCAAUUCAGCUCUUGGCAUGUCUUCCGCUACAAGACGUUGAGCAUCGCCGACUGUCUCUACCUCGUGCGCGGAUUCAAGUCGGCCUUCCUCCUUGCCCUUGCGAAAGCCGCUCCCGACAUCGCCACGCUGGUUGGUCUUAAGUGCAAAAGCGACUAUGAUGCUGCUCGCAGAGACGUCGACUAUUUGGGCCAGACUCUAGACUUGCUUGCAAACCAGCAAGAACCCCAAAGGAAGCAUCUUGUGCCAGCGAUGGGUCCGGCAGCACUGUCGCGUGUUUUGCAACCAACCAGCAAGCAUGGAGCGACGAAUAGCGCAGGCGCACCACGGCAACUCUGUGUAGGAAAUGCGAUUGCCAGCCAGAACACAUGGGGACUGGACGUCGAGAUUGUUCCUACGACACACGCCCGACACCGCACCAAAUGGCUGGCUGAGAUCGACGCGGAAAUAGCAGUCGUUUGUAACGUCGAUGGCAACCCUUGGAAAUGGGAGGGGGCUGGCAAGGACUUUCCGGCCGCAUGGAGGGGUUUCGUUGCGGACAACAAAGUCUCUCAAGAGGCCAUCGACAGGUUGUCGGUACACGCGGUGGCGCCGCCUCCAUCGAAAGAAGAGGCGCGGGUCAUCAAAGACGGUCAGCUCUGGAUGGCAUCCAUUGAUGCGAAUGCCGUCUCCCAAGUGGCUGUAGCAUUCGGCUUCAGGCAUGAAGCGCAGGACUCAACACAUCAAGAGCCACGGCUAUCUGACCUUCAGAUCCGACAACGGCGGCUUGCCUGGCUCGAUCAAUAA